AUGUCAUCCCCAGCAAGGAGCACACCCCACGUCAUCCCCAAAGGAGCACACCCCACGUCAUCCCCAAAGGAGCGCACCACACGUCAUCCCCAGAAAGGAGCACACCCCACGUCAUCCCCAAAGGAGCACACCACACGUCAUCCCCAGCAAGGAGCACACCCCACGUCAUCCCCAGGAAGGAGCACACUCCACGUCAUCCCCAGCAAGGAGCACACCCCACGUCAUCCCCAGGAAGGAGCACACUCCACGUCAUCCCCAGCAAGGAGCACACCCCACGUCAUCCCCAGGAAGGAGCACACUCCACGUCAUCCCCAGCAAGGAGCACACCCCACGUCAUCCCCAGGAAGGAGCACACUCCACGUCAUCCCCAGCAAGGAGCACACCCCACGUCAUCCCCAGGAAGGAGCACACUCCACGUCAUCCCCAGCAAGGAGCACACCCCACGUCAUCCCCAGGAAGGAGCACACUCCACGUCAUCCCCAGCAAGGAGCACACCCCACGUCAUCCCCAGGAAGGAGCACACUCCACGUCAUCCCCAGCAAGGAGCACACCCCACGUCAUCCCCAGGAAGGAGCACACUCCACGUCAUCCCCAGCAAGGAGCACACCCCACGUCAUCCCCAGGAAGGAGCACACUCCACGUCAUCCCCAGCAAGGAGCACACCCCACGUCAUCCCCAGGAAGGAGCACACUCCACGUCAUCCCCAGCAAGGAGCACACCCCACGUCAUCCCCAGGAAGGAGCACACUCCACGUCAUCCCCAGCAAGGAGCACACCCCACGUCAUCCCCAGGAAGGAGCACACUCCACGUCAUCCCCAGCAAGGAGCACACCCCACGUCAUCCCCAGGAAGGAGCACACUCCACGUCAUCCCCAGCAAGGAGCACACCCCACGUCAUCCCCAGGAAGGAGCACACUCCACGUCAUCCCCAGCAAGGAGCACACCCCACGUCAUCCCCAGGAAGGAGCACACUCCACGUCAUCCCCAGCAAGGAGCACACCCCACGUCAUCCCCAGGAAGGAGCACACUCCACGUCAUCCCCAGCAAGGAGCACACCCCACGUCAUCCCCAGGAAGGAGCACACUCCACGUCAUCCCCAGCAAGGAGCACACCCCACGUCAUCCCCAGGAAGGAGCACACUCCACGUCAUCCCCAGCAAGGAGCACACCCCACGUCAUCCCCAGGAAGGAGCACACUCCACGUCAUCCCCAGCAAGGAGCACACCCCACGUCAUCCCCAGCAAGGAGCAUGGUCACAGGUUAAACACUCUGACACGCUCACACCAGCACUCCAAUAUGCUUACACUAGCACAUGGCUCCAUCUCACUCCUGUGUUCCUCUUCCAUUUUUCCAGGAGUGUGGCUGUUCAUAGUCACUACUGUGACUGA